UUAGCCCAUCCCCUCGUUUCCAUUUGUUUAGAUUUCCUGGCAAGUUUUAUUUUCUGUGUGUUUCGAAGCAGUGAAUGAACAUUUCUUUUACAAACUAAUAUAAAGUUUGUUUUCUUAUAACGUAAAAUAUUUUGCAUAGUGUGUGCAGUGAAAGGCAGAAUUAGCAGUUUUUAAUAAGUAACAUCUUGAAUUGGUUCAGUGGUAACUAACAACUCUAGAAGGGGGAAACAGUUUUAAUACAUUGGAUGAAGUAGCAUAUAUCAAUGAUAGGGCGAGAAAUAAAAAUAAUUAAAAUAUAACACUCAUUUCUCAUGAUGUAUUCCCAAACAUUUUUCAUGCAUAUACUGCAUGAUAAGUAUGCAUCGUGUACAAUAUGUAUUGUAAUAAUUUUAAUUCUUUGCAUUUGAGCAAGAUAACUAAUGUAAAGUACACAGCAACUAAUUUGCUUAAAUGUUUGCAAAACAAAAGAUGGCAUUGUAAGAUGUGUCGUGGUUUAUAUGGUAUCAAAGUUUUCAGCUUAUUCUUCUCUACGUAAUGGAAGGAAUUUCAUUUCAAGGAGAUAUGUUAAAUGUUAUCCAGAGAAAUAAAUUAUUUUCUCAUGCCUACGCACCCAACAUAAAAUUAUCACGUGUGUGAUGUAUGUAAAAAGUCAGUUAGACAAAAGAGUGAUUUUAAUGAGUGUAUGCAUAUUCACACACAUGAAAAACCCCAUGUGCGUGAGACAUCGAAGAUGUUUUUACUAAAGCCAAAAUUUAAUGAGCAUAUUGUUAUUCAUGCUGCAGAGAAACCUGAGAUGCGGGAAGUAUGUGACAAAUCCUUUGGACAUAAGUUUCAUUUAAAAAGCCAUAUGCUUAUUGACGCAGAACACAAACCUUAUGUGUGUGAAGAAUGUAAUAAGACCUUUAGAGAAAAAUAUAAAUUAAGAAAACACAUACUUAUUCACAAUGAGGAGAAACCUUAUGUGUGUAAAGUAUGUAAUAAGUCAUUUAGAAAAAAAUAUACAUUAAAGCAGCAUAUAUUUAUCCACACAGGAGAGAAAUCUCAUGUGUGUGAUAUAUGUAAUAAAUCAUUUGCAGAUCAAAGUACAUUAUACCAGCAUAUAAUUAUUCACACAGGAGAGAAACCUCACGUGUGUGAGUUAUGUAACAUUUCAUUUCCUCGAAAAUGUACAUUAAAACAGCAUAUGCUACUUCAUACAGGAGAAAAACCUCAUGUGUGUGAGAUAUGUAAUAUGUCAUUUAGACUGAAGAUUGAAUUAAACAGGCAUCUACUUAUUCACACAGGAGAAAAACCCCAUGUAUGUGAGAUGUGCAACAAAUCAUUUGCUCGAAAAUGUAGGUUAAGUGAACAUAUGCUUAUUCAUACAGGAGAGAAACCUCAUGUGUGUGAGGUAUGUAAUGAGUCAUUUAGAUUAAAGAUUCAUUUAAACAGGCAUUUACUUAUUCACACAGGAGAGAAGCCUCAUGUGUGUGAGAUAUGUAACACAUCAUUUGCUCGAAAAUAUAGGUUAAAUGAUCACAUGUUUAUUCAUACAGGAGAGAAACCUCACGUGUGUGAAGUAUGUAAUGAGUCAUUUAGAUCAAAAUGUAAUUUAAAGAAGCAUAUACAUAUUCACACAGACAAGACAGAAAAGAUCUUUAAACAAGCAAAUGCUUAUUCACAAAGGAUAGAAUCUCCUCAAGUUACAUAUGUAACUAAUGACUUAAUGGUUGAAAAAAAUGAAAGCUAUUUUUCUACAAAUAAUAGAAGCUUGUUGUUUUUUAUGGCAAAGUUAGAUUGAUAAGAACAUUUUUUUAUCUGUAUAGUUGGGGAUUGUUCACACAGGAAAGAAAUUUCGUUUUAUAAGGGGUGUGUAACUUGUCAUAUCAUCUAAAUUCUUAAUAAAUCUUUUAUUUCUUUGCACAAGAGGUUAUGUUAUGCUGCCAUAUAUGUGUGAGAUAGAUUAAUGUAAUGUAAUGCUGAUUUAAAACAAUGUUCGCUUAUUUUUGGUAUUUAACUAUAAUAAAGGUUUCAGUGUAGGAA